UCAGUGUGUGUGUGUCUGUGGUGUGUGACUGCGCCUCCCGUUGCGUCUCUGUUGUGCACGUGUCGGUGUCUACGUGCACGUUACAGUCUCUGUCGUCUCGAGGACAUGGACGCAGACACGGCCACGUGCACGUCCUCAGGAAGAAGACUGAAGAAAAGAUGGAACAGACACAGUGUAGCCAUGGCCAGUCAUCACAAAGACGGAGCGAUGAGGAGACCUUGAAAAGAGGAGGCUGCAGAUUUUAAGAGCACAGACAAGAGGAGGCUUCAUCUUCUAAAUUUUAUUAUGACCCUGCAGGACAGCCUCUGAAUCAUCCAAUAGUCUUCAGCUCCAGAACCGGCAGUGGAUCAAGGCGAAGCUUCAAUCAGGUCAGAACUGGACCUGUGCUGAGAAUAACUCCAGAGUUCUGGCUAAAGCUCAGUGUUAAAAUGAAACACAUGAUGGAGGUUAUUGUGGCAGAAAAACGCCAUCGAACUCGGUCUAAAGGAGUCAUAGCUGCAGUGGAAGCUGUAACUCAAGAAUUCUUUAGCAUCUACGGCUGUCCACUGGCCAAAAAGAGGAAGACUGUGGACAAACAAUUGCUGGAGCUACCAGCCAAGAGGACGCCCUUCAUCGUGUCCUGUCUGGCCAAGGAAGAGGAGGAGGAACCUACACCAGCAGGAACUUACACCAGAUAUCAGAACCAAGACAUUGAGGCAAAACAGGGAAGCAAGAAGCAGGGGGAGGUAGAAGAGGAAGAUGAUGAGGAGGAAGAUAAUGAAGCGGAGGAGGAGUUCUCAGAAGCCAACGAGGAGCAGGGAGAGGAAGAAGAGGAGGAAGAAGAGGAGGAGGAAGUUGACAAAAAAGAAUCCAGACGAGGAGGAGAGCGAGUAGAGGAGGAAGAUGAUGGUGAUGAUGAAGAUGAAGACGAGGAUGAGCAAAUUCAUUUUCAGGAGAACCAGUACCAGCCCAGAGGACUAUCAAAGCUGGUUCUAAUCCAGAAGGACGACAACAACAACAACAGCUGUUCCCAUGGAAACACCACUGGAGAUGAAGAUGAAAACUAUGAUGAGCUCGUUGCUAAGUCGCUCCUGAACCUUGGUAAGAUCGCAGAGGAUGCCGCCUACCAUGCCCUGACUGAAUCAGAGCUGAACAGCGACUCUUCAAACAGUGUUGAUGAGGAAGAUGAACAGGAGGAGGAUGGCAGCGAGGAGGACAAGAAGGGAGAACUGAGUGUAGACCUGAACAGUGAUGUGGUCCGAGAGACUGUGGACUCCCUGAAACUUCUGGCUCAAGGUCACGGUGCCCUGCUGCCUGAAGAUGGAUACCCUGAGAGCGGCAUGAUGGAUGAUAGUGUCCCUGCCGGUGGGCGUGAUCAGGAGGUCAGAGGUCAAGCCGAGGACUGUGGGGAGGAGGUGUGUCUCAGCAGUCUGGAGUGUUUGAGGAACCAGUGCUUUGAUCUGGCUCGUAAACUAAGUGAGUCGCAGCCUUCUGACCGUCCCGUCCUGCAUGGUGCCCACCACCAACAGCUGGUAGACCAAAAGGUGCUGCAACACCUGAACAGGUACAACACCUGUAUACCAGGAGCUCAGGAAGAGCGCUGCUACUCUGACAUAAUGAACCUGAUGAAGCUGGAGGAGCAACUGAGCCCGACCUCCAGAGGCUACAGCUGCAGUCGGGACAGUGACGAAGACACCUUGUCUGUGGCUUCAGACCGCUCCGAUGACACCUUUGACAUGGCCAAGGGGAACCUGUCUCUGUUGGAGAAGGCCAUCGCCCUAGAGUCAGAGAGGGCAAAGGUCAUGAGGGACAGGAUUACUUUGGAGCAUACAAUGCCCCAUCGAGACCAUCAUCAUCAUCAUCGCCUUCACAUGGAGCACAGCCCCAGGCUGAGUGGCACCAUCGAAGAGCGAAGGUCCAGAAUACAACAGGAUGAGAUGAAGAGAGUAUACUACCCUAAAGAUUCUUCCAGAGGUGAGAAGAAGGAAAGCAAGUGUCCAACACCGGACUGUGAUGGUACUGGCCAUGUGACGGGUCUGUACCCACAUCACCGUAGCCUGUCUGGGUGUCCCCACAAAGAUCGGGUCCCUCCUGAGAUCCUUGCAAUGUAUGAAAAUGUGUUAAAGUGUCCGACUCCUGGCUGCUCUGGACGAGGUCACGUCAACAGCAACAGGAACUCUCACCGCAGUCUCUCUGGUUGUCCAAUUGCUGCUGCAGAAAAGAUGGCCAAGGUCCAUGAAAAGACUUUUUCAUCAGAUGGCAGCAGUAAAACCAAUCAGACAUCAGACCGUGUUCUCAGGCCAAUGUGUUUUGUCAAACAGCUGGAGAUUCCUCAGCAUGGUUACAAAAACAACGUUCCCACCAGCACUCCUCGGUCCAAUCUGACCAAAGAACUGGAAAAGUAUUCAAAGAACAGCUAUGACUACACUGGCUAUGAUAGCCAUAUGGGUGGCUAUGGAAAGAAGGGCUCAACAACCAAGUCCCACCAUGGGCGUGACACCUCCCCAAAUGGGUAUGAUGCGAAGCGUUACUGUAAGAUAUCAAGCCCUGCUAGCAGCACGACUAGCAGCUAUGCUCCGAGCAGCAGCAGCAGCAUGAGCUGUGGAAGAGGAGAAGGAGGAGGUGCUGGAGAAGGAGGAAGCAGUGCAAGCAGCACCUGCAGCAAGAGCAGCUUCGACUACACCCAUGACAUGGAGGCCGCCCACAUGGCGGCAACAGCCAUCCUCAACUUGUCGACGAGGUGCCGAGAGUUGCCACAGGUUUUGGGAGGAAAACCCCACAACCUGCUGAACCAGAGUCCAGGUGAAGAUGCAGACAAUGUUGAGCCAGUUGAUAUGGCAGGUCAACCAGGUGGUCCGGAGGGAAGCGAGACGGUGCUGACUCCCCUGCAGCCAAUGUCACCCAGGCGUCAGGCUUUGCUCAACAGCCACUGCUACCAGUUGAGUGAUGCCGACUGCUGGGACCUGCCGAUCAACUACAACAAGGUCAAAAAGCUGGGAGAUGAGCAGGAACACAAGGAGGAGAAAGAUGAGAUAGAUCCAUUCCAGGAGCUGCUGGAUGAGCAGUGUCAUCCAGCCAAGGUGACCACACCAAGCCCCAAACACCACAAGUAUUCACCCUGCAAGGACAGCAAGAAAGAACUGAUCAAUUUGUCAAGUUGUGAGCUUUCCGAUAAGAGCAUUCGUGGCAUCUUGACAACCAACUCACAAGAUUUGAAGUGUCCCACCCCUGGUUGUGAUGGAUCAGGACACAUCACUGGAAACUAUGCCUCCCACAGGAGUCUCUCCGGUUGUCCUCGAGCCAAGAAAACUGGCCUGAAAAUUCUCCACAGCAAAGAAGAAAAGGAUGAACAGGAGCCAAUCAAAUGUCCAGUCCCCGGCUGUGAUGGACAGGGUCAUGUGACGGGGAAGUAUGCCUCUCAUCGCAGUGCGUCUGGCUGCCCCCUGGCAGCCAAGAGGCAGAAGGACAGCUACGUGAAUGGCUCUCAGUUUGUCUGGAAGUCUGGGAAGACGGACGGGAUGAGCUGUCCGACUCCAGGCUGUGACGGUUCAGGACAUGUGAGCGGCAGUUUCCUGACCCACCGCAGAUGUUUGUAUCAUCCACUUGUCCUCAGCCUCUCCGGUUGUCCUCGUGCUACAUCAGCCAUGAAGAAGGCCAGGAUGAGUGGCAUGGAAAUGCUGACAAUCAAGCAAAGAGCAAGCAAAGGAAUUGAAAAUGAUGAAGAAAUCAAACAGCUGGAUGAAGAAAUCAAUGAUCUAAAUGAGUCCAACAGUCAAGUGGAGUCAGACAUGAUAAAACUGAGGACACAGAUAACCACCAUGGAGACAAACCUGAAGUCCAUUGAGGAAGAAAAUAAGGUGAUCGAACAGCAGAACGAUUCACUCCUGCAUGAACUGGCAAACCUGAGCAAAUCACUGAUCAACAGCCUGGCAAACAUCCAGCUUCCACACAUGAGACCACCGCCUCAGAAAGAGACCCCAGUAAAGAUUAACGGCAGUUUUCAGAUGCUUCCCAGAGAACCGAUGAACGAACAGAACUUUGACGCAUAUGUGAGCACUCUGACUGACAUGUACACCCACCAAGAUCGGUACCAGAGUCCGGAGAGCAAGGCACUGCUGGAAAACAUUCGACAGGCUGUUCAGGGCAUCCAGGUCUGAUUCAGACCCAAACAAAAGUAGAACCAAGCUUUUUUUUUCUGCUGCUGUUAUCCUGGUUUUAUUCUUUUAACUCGGACAUAUCUAUUUUUCUGCCUUGCUUUGGAAAACUUGAUAUAAUGUGACGUACAGAUUCUCACACCCCAGUGAAACUUCUUCUCCAUCAAGGUAAAUUGGGCUUUAAUGAGUUAAACUGGGAGCAGGAGAACAAUCACUUCAUUUUAAUGUUUGAAUGUAUGAAAAGGUUUCUGUGAAUCAUCAAACCGAAGUUUAGGAGAAGAACCUGAACAUCCAGAUUUCAUCACAGGAUAUGUUUCUUGCUUUUAUUUUGAAGAGGACAGGAAGUGUAGGAGACAAUCUGCCAUCAGUUCCUUUGGCUUCAUCAGUUGUGACUGUAAGAAGACGGCCUUCAGCAAUAUGCCUGUGAUGAUGUUUGAUACUUCUUUGAUGUGGGAUACAAUCUGUAUGUUUGGGAAUAUGCAAUUUCUUAUGACUUUAAAGAGCCAAUAGAUGUUUUUAUUGAUGAGAAACGUGUUGAGUUUUGUAUAAAUCUUUUGCUACGUUCAUGUUUUAAGAAUCAGACGCUUUUGUUCCCAUGUUCUGAUGUUCUUCUCUGGACUUACAGGGUCAAGCAUUCCUGAGAAAAUGACAUCAUCCUCCAGAAAACCUCUUUCAGUUUGCAAAUUUUGGGUUUGAAUCCCAGAACUGUAAAGUCAAUCAGUUUCAUGAACGCACUUUGUGGAAUCAUGUCAUGGAGCUCAAAGAGAAGCUCCGCCUCUCGUCUCCUUGUAUGGUCAUCUUUAUAAAAGCUACAGUUGUGUUUUGUUGUGAAACCACAAAAACAAAUGUUCAGGGUUUCUCUUUCAGCACGUUUCAUAAAGAUGAGUAACGUCUUCUUCUUACAGCUGCAUCUCCACAGAGGACAGUCUGUCUCCAUGUCCCAGCAUGCUCCUCUGUCCCCCCAACUCUCUGCAGACCCUCCUUCACCACAUCGAUCUCUGUGGUCUUCCUGUUCCUCCUACAUGGCAGCUCCAUAUUCAACAGCCUUUGACCAAAGUGUCAACUGUCCCUCUAGACAUGUCCAAACCAUCUCAGCCUUUCCUCUCUAACUUUGAGCUGUCCUUCUGAUGGACUCAUUUCUAAUCCUGUUGGUUUUACUCCCUGAACGACUCCCACCUCCAGCUCUUCUUCCUGUUUUUUAGUGAUGUUCGAUAUUGCCAAUUUUGUUACCGAUACUGAUACCAAGUAAAAUGUGGCUGGUAUCGGCGAUACUGAUCCGAUACUGAUACUUCGUGAUAACACACGUAGUGUGUCUGGUAAAUCUUAAAAAGUAGUGUUUUUCAAAUAACCACUUUAUAAAUAAUACAUGACAUAGUAAUUUAUUUAAUUUAAAAGUCUUUCUAACCCUAACCCUACAUUUGUUUAGCACAAUUUUAAAUUCUUAUUCU